GAUGGUCGAUUACGUAUAGGCGACCGCCUCUUGGCUAUUGAUGACAAGCCACUUUCUGGCCUCUCAAGUUCUGAUGCGCUGAGCCUACUUAAGUCGACAAUCUAUAGCCAUCUUUUGACCAAACAACCAUUACUCCUUACCUCCAGUCGUUCGUCUUCCCCCUCCCCAUCUUCCUCGAACACUCCUAUCAACAAUGGCGCCACAGACGUCUCGGUCCAUAACUCUGACCUUAAGUCCUCGGCUUGUGGCUACAUUCGCCUUAUUGUUGCUCGGCGCCUAAGUCCUUCAGUCAACAGAAAAUUUGUUCCAAAAUCCUCUUGGCCAACUAUGUCGAUAUCUGACGUCCCUCUGUUGCAGUCUCCUUUCUCACCCUCUGUUACAUUAUCGCCUAAUUCCCCAUCAUAUUUGUUGACUAGCCUCAACUCCUACUCAUCGGCUUCAUCCUGCUGCUCCCUCUCGCGUACCCCGUCCAGAUCAUCCUCGAUUUCGACCCAUACUCGUGGAGUCCAUGUAUCGGAUAAAAGUAUUGAUCCCCUUCACCAAAACAAGAUUUCCCAUUCGGUCCCUAGAACUGGUGUUGCAACUGUUUACAGGACAGAACUUCAGAGAGGCGCUGACCAAGCAACCUCUCCUGCAAGCCAACUUGACGCCUCCGAGACUGCCAUCACACAUCGGGCCGCAGUCUCACGCUGGUCAGCCAGCUCUUCCGAGCCAACCCAGAAUGCCAAUGGAAAACAUUGCCGUCAUAAGGAGGGGCGACGAUGCCAACAAAACCAUCCUGCGUCCUUGGCGAUUCGCAUCGGUGCCGAUGGGCCACAAGGCAGUUCAGAAGACAGCCUUGCAAAUCCUAGCAGUAAUGAGAGCUGCGGCUCCUUCAUCGUAACUGCCGAUGUACAUUCUCCGCUGGCACAUGAUAAUGAGGAUUCGGCCAUUGACACCUCUUUUUCCGCUACAAAUCACCGCUCUCUUGAUGUGUGCGACUCAAGCCUCAAACAACCAUUCUUGCGAAAAUCCACUCUAGCGGUAAAUCAGUUGCAUUUAAUGGUAUCUCAAAAUUUUUAUUGCUAA